AUGGACGGCGAACGGCGGUGGGCCGACCUCCCCGGCGACCUCCUCGCGGCCGUGCACCUCAUAGCCGCAUCCGCGUACGACCGCGCGCGCUUCGCCGCAGUCUGCACACCGUGGCGCGCCGCCGCGGCCAGGCACCGGCCGCUGCCCGCGCUGCCGCUGCUGCUCCUGUCCACGGGCGACGGCAGGCGCGACCGGGAGGCGCGGGCGUACAGCCCGGAGGACGGCAGGGUGCUGCGCGUGCCGCUGCCGUGGUUCCCGUGGGGCAACCGUCUCGUCGGGUCCUUCGCCGGCGGCUGGAUCGCCACCGCGUCCGGCUCCGAACGGCUCCUCGUCGUGAACCUCUUCGCCGGCGCUCGGGCGCUCUCCGCGAGACAGAGUGCCGUCGUGUGCGCGUGCCCGAGAUCCGAUUGGGAGUGCGGUGAGGCAUACCAACAGCGGAUCACCACCGACCAGAUCUCCGUCCGGAAAAUCGUCUUCUCGGAGGACCCGUCCACCGGCGGCUGCAUCCUCGCCGCGAUGACAUCCUGGUGCAACAUCGCGCUCUGCAGGGUUGGCUGCCCGGACAGCGGGUGGACUACGCGAGGGUGCGGCACGAAUAGGUAUAGCUGUCUCGUGGACAUUGCUUUCUGCAACGGCGUGCUCUAUGGAUUUAGGUUCCAUGAAUUGCUCAGGUUUGAUAUAGGCGUGAACGAAGACGGCGCACCAGUGACCGCCUUAGUUCAUCGCCUAGACAUCAAUAUGAGCACCUUGCGCAUGUCAGAUGUGAGUUCCGACAUCAACUACAUCUUUGAACUUCGCGGCAAGCUGGCAAUAGCAGUGCGAGUCUGGCCGGCAGGCGGCAGCCAUAGAGCUCACUUUUACAGGGUUUUCGAGCUUCUGGACGAUGGCAGAACACCGUCGUCACACAGGUUUAGAUGGGCAGAGGUGAUGAGCUUGGGCGACCAAGCCUUGUUCUUAGGUCCAUCUUGUUGCAAGGCGGUGCAUGUGUCAACCGCGAACAGACGCGGCGGGGUGGAGGGAAACCGCAUCUACUACUCCCAGAAACACUCGUCUCUCCGCGAUAGCAUGGAGUGCUUGGCGAGGUUGGACAUCGGUAGUUGCACCGUGUUGUCUUGGGAAAGUGAAGGCGUGCAUCACUUGGAGAGGAUAAUAUCACAGGGAUACUUUUACCGCAAGGAGGAUGGCAUUAAUGGUUGUAAUAGUUCUGUGUGGCUUCUGCCUCCAGACUUUUAA